UCGGGAAACCGAAACCGCUCGAUUUUGGGGUAAAGCUCAAGGUCUCCCUUGGCGGCUCCGGGACGGGGCAGGAUGGAGAUCUCCGGGCCGCGCCCCCCGCCCCCCGCCCGGCGCCCCUGGAAGGCGGUGGCGGCCGCGGGCCUGGGGGUGGCCGUGGUGGUGGUGGCGGUGACGGUGCCCACCGUGCUGUGCCGCUCGGCCGGGGGCUGCGCCGGGGCCGGGGGUGCCUCGGAGGGGCUGGCACGGCUGGAGGAGGAGCUGGAUGUCACCAAUCGGUCCCUCGUGGAGGCCCGCGAGCAGCGGGACGGCUGCAGGGAGGAGCUGGGAGUGCUGGAGGGGAAAGCCUCGGAGCUGAAGCAGGCGCUGGCUGAAGUGACCCGGCUGGAGGAGGAGAACAAGGAGCUCAGGACGGAGGUUUCCCGGCAGCAGGAGCAGCUGGAGCAGGAGCAGAGCCGCAGGGAGGAGCUCCAGCAGCAGAACCAGGCCCUGCAGGAGCAGCUCCAGGACGCGAGGAGCCAGCAGACCUCUGGGAACGGGGACAAGCCCUCUGGCCUCCUGCCUCUCCUCUUUUUCCUCCUCCUCCUUGGGUUGCUCCUCCGAAAGUGACCCGGAGCAGCGGGAACGGGGGCCCGGUGAUUCCCUGUCCCCUGGUGUGGGGGGAGGAGGGACCAUCCCCAGGCAGCCUGGUGGGGUCUGGGGGUGGGAGUGGGCUCAGAGGGCCCCCUCAGCCCCAUCCCCUGCUCAGCCCUGUCCCCUGCUCAGCCCUAUCCCCUGCUCAGCCCUGCCCUGGCACCACCGGCUCUGGCCAAAUCCCCCGUGGGGACAUCCCGGGGUGAUGAUUCCUGUCCAGCCAGCGGGGGCUGCUCCCAGGGCGAGGGAGGGGACAGGACACGGGCUGGAGGGGACAGAGACCUACCCUGAGCCGAGGAUCCACGGUUACUCCACAGUUUAGCACUUUUUAACCGCCUUCCAAUAAAACCUGUGCAAAUCCA